AUGUCAUUCCCAGUAGCAGAAGAAGCAAUCCAAAAAACAAUCGAUGAAACUGAGGAUAAAGUUACUCCAUGGGAAGUAAUUGGUCAUUCAGAUACUGGAAUUGAUUAUGAUAAACUUAUUCGUCGAUUUGGUUCAUCAAAAAUUUCUCCUGAUUUAAUAACACGUAUUGAAUCGAUCAUUAAAAAACCUGUUCAUCAUUUUAUUCGGCGAGGAAUUUUUUUUUCACACAGAGAUCUUGAGUUAAUUCUUACAGCAUAUGAACAGAAGAAACCAUUUUUCUUAUAUACAGGUCGUGGACCAUCAUCUGAAGCAAUGCAUCUUGGUCAUUUAAUCCCAUUUAUAAUGACAAAAUGGUUACAAGAUGCAUUUGAUGUUCCAUUAGUAAUACAAAUGACUGAUGACGAAAAAUAUCUCUGGAAAGAUAUAACAGUUGAAGAUGCAAAUAAAUAUGCAUAUGAAAAUGCUAAAGAUAUAAUUGCAUGUGGAUUUGAUCCAACAAAAACAUUUAUUUUUUCUGAUUUUGAUUUUAUGGCUCAAUGUCCAAAUUUUUAUCGAAAUAUUUGUCGUAUUCAAAAAAAUGUUACUUUCAAUCAAGUUAAAGGAAUAUUUGGUUUUACUGAAAGUGAUUGUAUUGGAAAAAUAGCUUUUCCUGCUAUUCAAGCGGCACCUUGUGUCAGUUCAUCAUUUCCAUUUAUUUUUGGUGAAAAAAUUAAACACGAAUAUCCUUGUCUAAUUCCAUGUGCUAUUGAUCAGGAUCCAUAUUUUCGAAUGACACGUGAUGUUGCACCACGUUUAAAUUUUCCAAAACCUGCAUUAAUUCAUUCAACAUUUUUUCCUGCACUUCAAGGUUCAAAAUCAAAAAUGUCUGCAUCUGAUUCAAAUUCAUCAAUUUUUCUAACUGAUUCUCAAAAAGAUAUUAAAACAAAAAUCAAUAAACAUGCAUUUAGUGGAGGAAAAGAUUCAAUAGAAGAACAUCGAGCUAAAGGUGGUGAUUGUGAUAUUGAUGUAUCUUUUCAAUAUCUUAGAUUUUUUAUGGAUGAUGAUGAAAGACUUGAACAGAUUCGACAAGAUUAUUCAUCUGGAAAAUUAUUAACUGGUGAAUUAAAAAAGAUCUUAAUUGAAGUUUUACAAACAUUAGUUGGUCAACAUCAAGAACGACGAAAACAAAUUACAAUCGAUGUAGUACGGCAAUUCAUGACACCAAGACAACUUAAUUUUCGUUAUUAA